CUAACUGUUUUUCCGGGUGCAUUUUUUGCUCUAGAACUUGCAGGUAUUUCGUCGCCAGAUGUUAACAAUUUGAUCAUGCAUUCUUGCCAUGACAUCAAUGCCGAGCAUGUUGCGCCCAAUUCCCCACUGCCGUGCAACAUGGGUGUGCCUCCCAAUGUUGAACCAUGUAGGGCUUCCGAUGGAGACAAUAUUUCGUGCAGCCCAACUCCAGUGUUGUGAGAUACGCAAUAGCAGUCAGUCAUGGGCAAUGAGAUUGUUACACAGGAUUAUAUGGUCUCACAGCAGUUAAGGAACGAGGAGAUAAGGCAGGUAGAGAAGCGGAUAUUUUUUCCAGAGAAAGUUGAUGCUCAUGAGAGGAAGAAGCGGUUGAGGCUCCCCAAAGGUGUAGUUGAUUCCACAAAUGUCACCAGCAGUUCUCAUGUUCCAGAUGCAUGUGUUGGAGUCCGUGUGCAAGUUGGCACAUCACUGGAUGUCUCUGCUAGUCUGAAUGUAACUGCAAAAGUGGGUUCGGUGAGUGAAGGUGGCCCUGUAGUAUCUUCUAGUCAUGGGAAGCGCGGGAUAGUUGUUGCAAAGAUUAAGCAUGGACUUCGUGGCACCCAUCCAGCCAGCGGCGUAGCCAGUAAGAUUGUUGAUCCAUCUCCGCGUUGGAGUCCACGCAUUGCCAGUGGUCCAGUGGUUGAUCGUGUCUAUCAGAGUGUUAAGCUUGAUGGAAAACAUGUUUCUUUCGAGGGUUCAGAGGCUGGAGGUGGUUGUCGAGGUCCUUCUAUUGAUGGCAUUGGGCUCGACGGGAAUAAUGUUGUUUCUAGGAAGCGUCGGCCCAAGGUUGCUGGGAGUGGACCAAAGAAGAAGGCGACAAAGUCCGUGGCAUCAAAUGCCGGUGCUUGUGAUAGGAUCAAUGUAACUAUUCAUUGUUCUUUGGGAGAGGUUUCCGAGGCAGUUGCUCUGCUUGAGACACGACAUAAAGAUAUUGUUCCUAAGGCUGGUUUCGGCUGUGUAUUUAACUGGGUUCUGAAGGGCAAUGUGUCGCGCCUUCUGAUGUGUCACUUGAUGAAGAAUAUUGACACGACCACAAUGUGCAUUGACUGUGGCCCUAAUAAAGUUCUUGUAGUCAGCAAAGAAACCAUGCAUCCGUGUUUUGGGUUCCCUAUGGGUGAUGACACAGCUCCCAUGCCAGCUGAUAGUGGCCAUGAUGAGUCAAUGGCUAGAUUUAAGGCGGAGUUGGGUUUCAGCAAAGCUUCUGUGGUUGACACGAAAGACCUGAGGACUGUGUUGAAGCAGCUUGUAGUCGAUGAUUCAAAUGACGCGCUUGCUGUAAAGGUUUUCUUUUCUAUCCUUUUCUCAAAGAUGAUAUGCCCAGGUCCUGUUGUCCGUGUAGGCAGGGAGGCGGCAAUGCUAGAUGGUAUUAUUUUUGAAGAUAUGGCAACGAUGGAUUUUUGCUAGUUAGUAGUGGAUGAGAUAAAGCGUGCAGCUAUCAGAUGGCAAGAUCUAAAUAUCAUUCAAGCAGGUCCAGAAGGUUGUGGAGCAAGGUAGUCAGA